AUGCCUAAGCACAAUCUUGAAACUUUGACAUGUGUUAGUAAAGCCGUGCAUAUUAUCACAACUACUUUGUACAUCCAGGUGGAUUAUGCCGCGUUUUUUCAGGACAAAUUGGGCUUUCAUUUGGUGGUAAAUAGGUUCUCAGUGACACCCCAGUCUUUGUGCUGGGAGCGCGCACAAAGACAGAAAAAAGCCCAGUUCUGUGAGGCCCCAUAUUUGUGUUACGUCGGCAUGAAGGGGUUA